UGCAUGCGGUGAAUGAAAAUGCACCUUCAAGAAAUUUUUGAGAUUUUCGAUUCUUUUUUAUCAAAAUUUACUCCAGUAUUUUAAAUAUUUUUAAUUACAAUAACAAGAUGAGUAAUGAUUACUACUCUGCAGUUUACGCAUGGUUUGACAAGUGCGGCAUAAUAGCAAACAUGCGUACACAUCUUCGACAGAAUUUGGUGAACGCGUUAAAAAAUAAAGACUUGUCUCUGAAAAAAGACAGCGAUUGUCCUAAGUCAGCCAAACAAUAUGUCUACGAUUUAUUACUAGCAGAGUAUCUAUGGACCCAAGAUUAUGUAUACGCACUGUCGGUAUUUGCUAGCGAAGCCCCACUCUUAGUAAAUUUUUAUAAACAAUUAUCAGGCUCACCCGAUGUUCCUGAAACAAAUUCAAAGAAACAUAAACUUCAAGCUGAUUAUGUGUGGCAUACUUUAGAAACCUUGGGCAUUAAACCCGACGAACCAAGAGGAAAAUUUAUUGUAGCGGAAUAUAGCGAAACUAGCAUGCCACUGCUUCUAUGUAUAUUAAAAUCCUUGGGAUCAUUUACAUGUAACGAUCCUAACAUAGAAUCUGUGGAAAACGAAAAACUUGUUCGUAAUCAAUGUACACAGACUGAUUCUGAUACGCAUAUAGAUGAUCCAGAAAGUACAAAAUUGGUGAUUGCAAAAAAGAAAUUAUUUCAUUUAAAGGAGUCAUUUGAAAAAGAAUUAAAAAAUAAAGAAAUGGCUAUAAAAGAACAAAUGUCUCUCAUGCAGCAACAACUAGUUUUAGUAGAAAACAAAUUAAGAGAGGCCCAGAAAAUAACGCAUUUCAUAAACACUAAGGAAAAGGUACUUGCAGAAGAGAAGCGAAAACACGCUCGCUAUUUUUUUGAGAAAGAAACCGAGUUAGCCUUUAAACAAAAUGCACUUUCACGAGAAACCGACAGACUGCAAAGAGAACGAGAAAGCAACAGAACGUUCGAGGAGGACUUAAAAAAAUUGCAAGAAGAACUUGAGAAAGUAAAAAGAGAAUUUCCAAAAAUUGAGAAAAGUGGUAAAAUCCCAACAAAGGACGUGCAGAUACAAACCGAUCAGGAUAGUUAUACAUCCGAUCAACAAGAAAAGAGACUACUUAAUCGAGAGAAACAAGAGCUCAGUAGUCUUAUUAGAGAACAGCAGUCUAGAAUAGAAGAAUUGACGUUACGAGCUGUAAGAUUGUCGCGACAAUUGGAAGAAGCUCGCCUUUCGAGAUCAACUAACGCUGAUAUUCAAUCACCCGUCCUUCAGAUUGUAAAUAGACAAACAGUCAUAAGUGAAAGCAGUUCAACGGAAGACAUAUUACAAGACGCAAAAAUGCGACUGAAGCGAUUGGAAGAAGAGAGUCUCAGAGCCGAACAGUAUUACUAUAGCUGUAUAAUCGCGUCGCCUUAAUUCCAUCCUGAGAGUAUCCUCUACAGUCAA